CUUUGGAUUGUGGGUUCAGCCGUUGUCACCACAGCUACAAAAGAAAGAGGUGCUACUGAUUGAAUUCCUAGCUAGCUAGCUGUUGCUGUCUGUACGGUACCGUAUUGUUAUUACUCGACCAUGAUGAUGGAGAUGGUUUCGGGCCGCCGAUGGUUCAUCCUUGCGAUUUUGUUCCACUUGGCAUGGUCUUCCCCUCUUUCCAACGGCCCUUGGGGUCCUACCGAUCCGGUGGCCGAUCCUGCUGCCAUCAUUCUUGUACCGUCUGUUCGGGUGACAGUCCUGACCGAUCGCGUGCUUCGAAUCGAACGCAUUGCCAAGAAAGCGGAGGAUCGAAAGACGGUUGCCGUGAUUAAUCGCAAACUCCCCGUGCCACACUUUGAACACUCCAUCAAUAAUAAUAAUAAUAAUAACAAUGGGAACCUAUUGACGGUCCAGACCAAAUGCAUCACACUGACGUACCGUGUCGGCACAGAGUUUUCGGCGGAAACCUUGCAGGUCAAGGGCAACAUGUACUGUCAUUCAGCAUCAUCGCCGGAUAAUAAUUCCUCAUCAUCGUGGACAUAUCUCUAUGGACAGCACGAUCCGCACAAUCUGUUGGGGACGAUUCGAACUCUGGAUGGAGAAAAUGCCGCGACGCUCAACUGUUCCUUGCGAGAUCCCGUGGUCGAUCAUUGCGAAUGGGGGUUGAUUUCCCGCAGUGGAUAUGCCAUUGUCAAUGACACCCACAACUUUUGCCUGAGCGACCAGGAGGAUUGGUGGGAUGGACGCAACCGUGACGACGAGGAUUUUUACAUUUUUGGACAUGGACAUGACUACCAAGCAGCCUUGCAGGACUAUCGGCUACUAGGAGGAGCCAUUCCCCUGCUGCCACGAUAUGCCUUGGGUGUUUGGUACUCGCGCUGGUUUGACUAUACGGCUGCCUCUGCGGCAGAAAUGGUGCGACAAUUCGAAUGGCGUGCCAUCCCGCUCGAUGUCUUUGUGCUCGACAUGAAUUGGCAUACCAAAAACAAUUGGACGGGGUAUUCGUGGGACAAGAGAAUGUAUGGCAAUCACCCGGAGGAUGCCGUAUCCUACAUGAAGGCCAGAAAUUUGGCCGUCACGUUGAACUUGCAUGAUGCCGCUGGAGUCUAUCCAUUUGAAGACAAGUAUUCCGAAAUGUGCCGCGCCACGGGCUGUCAAGAGGGCUAUCCGGUUCCCUUUUCCGUUGUGAAUCAAACCAUUGCAUAUGCCUUGGAAGAUCAAGUCAUGCAGCCUCUGGAGAAGAUCAGUGGUAUUGAUUUCUGGUGGAUUGACUGGCAACAGGGAGAAAAGGGCCCCGGGGGUGCUGCAGGUGGCAAGCAAAAUCCAACCAUUUGGACGGCUCAUAUCAAAAGUACCAAUGCCAACAGGCGUCGCCAGCAGCAAAAUCAACAACAAGAUGAGACAGUCCGCAACAUGGUGUUGGCAAGAUGGGGUGGACUCGGAGGCCAUCGCUACCCCGUGCACUUUAGUGGAGAUGUGGACACUGUUAAUUGGGAAAAUCUGGAAUACCAAGCAUAUUUCUCAAUGACUGCGACAAAUGUUGGAGCUAUCUGGUCUCAUGACAUUGAAGGGCCAGAACUGAAUCCAGAGCUGUACACACGUUGGUUGCAAUUUGGCGUCGUAUCAGGUAUAAUGAGAUCACAUGAUCGUGGAAUGUCCGCGGGUGGGUGCGCUGCUAAUGACCCUCCGUCAUGUACUAUCGUUGUACCAUGGGAGGUCGCUCCCAAGUAUGCAAGCGCAAACCUAAAAGCGUUGAGAUUGAGAGGUAGCUUGAUUCCCUAUCUGUAUUCUGCUGCAUACAAGGCCCACGUGACUGGAAAAUGGUUCAUCACGCCCAUGUACUACGAGUGGCCAGAGCUUGACAGUGCAUACGAAACAGCGGCGCCUAGACCAAACAACCAGACCAGGUUCGACCCCCAAUACAUGUUUGGGGACGACAUGUGGGUGGCACCAGUGGUAAAGCCUGGCAACCAUACCGAUGGAAUUGCAAGAUUGAGUCUUUGGGUCCCUCCAGGAACAUGGGUGGGAGUGGAUGGCGGCAAAGUACUAAGAGGCGACGAAGAUGGCUCUUCUUCAGUGGAUGUGUUGGCAGACUUGGAUGAGAUCCCAAUGUUUGCUCGAGCUGGUUCUGUGAUUCCCACCAUCCCAGUUCGCCCAGGAGCAACCAUUGGUCUUGCCAUGAAACAAUUCAAUGAAAUAAUUUGGACUGUCUAUCUUGCCUCGGAUGCCCCAGUCUCGGGAAGCGGCAUGUUUUAUGAAGACGAUGGGAUUAGCACUGCCUACCAUGAGAGGGAUUCCUUCACCAUAACUACCGCAUCCUAUAAUAUCACGACAUCGGAUGUUCUCGCAAAGCCGGUUGGAGAUGCCACUGCACGUAAGAUGACAACGUUGACCAAUACUUCAGGACACAAUCUUGACCCCAUCAAAUCAACAACAAUGACUUUCACCGUUACGACCAGUGGCCACUGCGAAAAAGUUGGUACUUCACGUGCUACCACUCUUCGGCUGGUGAACACACUGCCACCCACUUCAGUAGAUGUCAAUGGACAAUCAAUCCCAUACGCGCGGUUUGGUGGUGAGGGUACUUGGACCUUUGACAGCACAAAUGCCGCUGUUGUGAUCGAGCUACCCCCCUCAAAGAUAUCAGAAGGACUGCAAGUGACAAUCAACACGACCGGCCGCAAGCUGAGAGAGAAAGCGGCAUCUUUGGAUGGCCUCGGCUUUCGAUUGCAACGUGCCAUUGCUGCCGAGAAUACGCUUGAUAUACUUCGGAUCUCACCGGGAUGCCAAACUGGACGGAACAAGGAUCCUGGGUAUCUCGUACGUUCGGCUUCUGCUGGAUCUGCUCUGGAUUAUCUUGCCGGUCUCCCAGACCAUGAUGAAUUUGACAAUCUGCUCGCCUCAAUCCAGUCACUGCUAAGUGCUGCCCAUCAGGAACUGCUGAUAAUGAAGGUUGUACAAAAAAAGGAUCUCCCUUGGGUAGCCAGAGCACAGACAUUGAUUGGCAGUGCUCAUUAAAUCUUCUGAUGGAGAAGUUCUAGCUAGCUACCCACCUAUACCUCAGUACUAAAGUACUAAUAGACUCUGGGCAAUGCAUAGAGCAUACUCUGUGCCCCUUCGAGGUGUGGCUGUAGCCAGGGAGUUUACUCAUUUCAUACAGCAGUUGCACAACCUUGGGAGCGCGAGUGACCAGUCAGCAGACUUGUCGGUUGGGACUACCCUGAUCCUUCGAGGUCAGUCGCCUGUAAAAGACCUCUGGUCUGAAUCCGUUAAUAGAGUUUUCUUCUUUUGUGCCCCUUGGAGCUUGCUGGC